AUGCAAGUAACUCAAUAAAAUGAUGAUAACCCAUAAAUUUAGAUGAAGAGAUCUAUACCUUCAUGGCAAUUAAAUAGUUAAUAAAAUCGAACGUUGUUCUAAUUUUAUGAUCAUGAUUUUUGGAAACUUUAUGAUAUUAUGCUUCUAAAUAAGUAUUUAUUUAAAAUUAAACUAGAUAACAUUGUUCAAACCUAAUAGUAUUUCAUUAAUCAAAGUAUGAGAAUGUAGAAAGAUUAUUUGCAUCUAGUUUAGAAAGAAAUUAAAGAUUUCUUUAAUCAAAAACCUUACCAUUCAUAGAAAUAACAACUUUAACAGAUAAAGCUAGAAAAUUAAAGUUUCUUUAACUUACAUAAACAAUGGAAACACCUUAUGCAAAUAAAAAUAUCACUAUGUUUGGCAAUUAGAGUCCAACCAAAAAAACUCAAGUUAGUGUUAAACAUUCGAUUUCGAUUAGUCCUCAAAGAACUUAAAGUAGAGAUCCUUAAGAUUAAGAUAAUAGAAGUAUGUUCGAUACAGAAAAUUUCAAUUUAUUUGAUACUAAUUAUAAAGUCACUAGAGCAAAGAAUUUAUCAUUGCAUAAUGACAAAAAUAUUGCUGGUUCAACUAAAUAGAAAGGAAAAUCAAAAAUAUAAUAAGAAAAUUUUAGUCCUUAGAAAGGUUGUAAAAAUCAAAAUUGGAUGUUACCAGAAAUAAAGUCUCCAUUUUAUAUUGAUUAAAAUGGUAUUUAUUAAAAUAAAAUUAGAUUCUCUAAUCAAACCAAUUCAAAUUCAUUAAAAUUAUGUAUAUACUUAGAGUCCUGAUAAAAGAACCACAAAGAAACCACCUUUAGCAUCAGAUCUCAAUAGUACUAUUUGUCAAUAAUUGUUACCCUAAUAUAGAACUAAUACAAGAGCAUUUCAAACAAUAAAAAGUUUUAUCCGAAAAUGA